GCGCUCCCAGUGAUCCCCAGUAGCUCCCAGUCCCCCCCAGUCUUGCCCAGUUCCUUCUCCCAGUGCCCCCAGUGCCCCCAGUGGCCGCGCCAUGGCCCGCUCCCGCCUGCUGGGGGGCUGUGCGUGGCUGCUGGGGGCGCUGGCGCUGCUGCAGACCCUCUACCUGCGGGCGCUGCCCCCUGCCCGCCGCGCCCCCGGCCCCGCCCGCCCGCGCCCCCUGCCCCGGGGGGUCCUGGACGCCUCCGGUGCCUUCCGCGUGUACCGGGACGUGCUGGGGCCGCCCCCGGGCUGGGCCCGCGGCCCCCGCCCCGAGCUGGUGCUGGCCACGCACGGCAGCCCCGGGCGGGCGGCGGCGGCGCUGGGGGGGCGCUGGGGGGGCCCCGUGUCCCUGGCGGUGUUCGGGGAUCCCCGGGGGGGGCUCCGGGAGCUGCUGGCGGCGCUGGGGGGGCCCUGCCGGGGGCUGCGGGGCCGCCUCCGGCUCAGCCUGGUGCUGGCGGCCGCGGCCGGGCCCCCCCCGAGCGUCCCCGGAGCCCCCCCGAGCGCCGGGGGCUGCCGGGGGGCGCUGGCCCGGCUGGCGGCCGCGGACCCCCCCAGUUACAGCCUGGGGGUGCCGUACCCCGGGAACCUGAUGAGGAACGUGGCCUGGGAGGGGGCGGCGGGGGGGGGGACCCCGCGGGGGAGCCCCCCAGCCCCGGCCCGGGGGGCGCUUCGUGCUCAUGGUGGACGCGGACGUGGAGCCCAGCCCGGGGCUGCGCGAGGGGUUCCUGGAGCUGCUGCGGGACGGGGGCCUGGACCCCCAGAACUGGGGGGGACAGGGGGCGAUGGACCCCCAGAACGGGGGGGGACAGGGGGCGAUGGACCCCCAGAACUGGGGGGGACAGGGGGGGAUGGACCCCCAGAACUGGGGGGGACAGGGCGGGAUAGACCCCGGAAAUGGGGUGGGACAGGGGGACCCCAAAGCUCCGGGAGCUCCGAAGGAUUUGGGGGCUCGGGAGAAUUUGGGGGACCCCAAAACUUUGGGUGUUCAGGGAGGUUUGGGGUCUCCAGGGGAUUUGGGGGGCCCCGAGGGGUUGGGUGACCCCGGUGUCCCCAACGUCCUGAGUGACCCCAAUGCCCUGAGUGUCCCCAACGUCCUGAGUGACCCCAAUGCCCUGAGUGUCCCCAACGUCCUGAGUGACCCCAAUGCCCUGAGUGACCCCAAUGGCCAGAGUGACCGCAGUGUGCUGAGUGACCCCAACACUCUAAAUGACCCCAGUGCUCUGAGACACCCCAAUGCCCUGAGUGCCCCCCACACCCAGAGUGACCCCAACACCCUGAAUGACCCCAACGCCCAGAGUGACCCCAAUGGCCAGAGUGACCCCCAUGUCCUGAGUGACCCCCACUCCCUGAGUGACCCCCACGCCCCCGGCCCCACCGAGCCCCCCUGGGCGCGGGUGCUCUUCGUGCUCCCGGCCUUCGAGGUGCGCGCGGGGCUGCGCCCGCCGGGCUCCAAGGCGGAGCUGCUGCGGCUCUGGGGCGCGGGGGACGCCCGCCCGUUCUACGGGGCGCUGUGCCCGCGCUGCCAGGCCCCCACAGCCUUCGGGCGCUGGCGGGCGCUGCCGCCGCCGCCGCGGCUGCGCGUGGCCUACGAGGCGCCCUGGAGGGACCCCUGGGAGCCUUUCUUCGUGGCCCCCGCCCGCGGCGUGCCCCCCUUCGACGAGAGGUUCCUCCAGUACGGCUUCAACCGCAUCAGCCAGGCCUGCGAGCUGCACAUGGCCGGGUUCCGCUUCGCGGUGCUGGACGGGGCCUUCGUCACCCACGGCGGCUUCAAGGAGCCGGGGGGGUUCCACGGGGGCCGCGAGGCCGAGCUGGACCGGAACCGCCGCCUCUACCGCGCCUUCCGCCGGGAGCUGCGGCAGCGCUACCCCGGCUCCGAGCGGCGCUGCUGA